GUGUGGGUCAACCUAACAGGUAUUCCUGCUGAGCUAGCUUUACGAGAGGGUCUAGGGAGAAUAGCGAGUUCUAUUGGUAAACCUAUGUGUAUGGAUCAUUCAGUAUCCCAGAGGUGGAAGAUAGGUGCAGUGAAGGUGUGUGUUGAAGUUAGUGCUAAGAAGCCUUUGGUAAACAAGAUCAGUAUUAAACCUGAUGAUAUGGAGGAGAUGUAUAUUGGGGUUGUUUAUUGUGGCUUACCCUGCUGUUACGCGGCCUGUGGUGUCUUUGGUCAUGAUUGUUUGAUGCCUCCUCCGGGAGCUUCAACUAGGAGAGUUUGGAGACCGAAGAAACUCCAGGUUGCACCAUUACAAGAGGUGAUUAAUGUGGUUUCUGAUCAACCAGCUGGGGAGGGAGUAUCAGAGAAAGAUGUGGUUACUGUUGAGACUGCUGGGGAGGGAGUGUCCGAGAAGGGUAAGGAAGUAGUUGUUGAUUCCACACCUCCAGUCACUCUGAGUGCACUUCCCUCGCAGGAGGAGUUUAACAAAGUCAUAAAUGGAGCUAAAUCGAAGUCUGUCCCCAGGAAAUCUACACCUAUCUUGCACUCUAAUGCCUUUGAUCUGCUUUGUGGAAGGGACAUCAAAUUGCAGGCUCCAUAGAAGAAACUUGGUGGGCUUGAGGGGCUUAGAAGUAAGGGAGCCACUAAGGUGGCUGCUCCUCAUAGAUGACUUCUCUCAUAUGGAACACAAGGGGCUUUAACAUCCCCUUGAAGCACGCUGCUGUGCUUAAAUACAUAAGAGUUCAUAAG